AUGAGUGCAAGUGUUACAGGAGCGCUAGGAUUAUCGGAUGUCACAAUCACCAUAGCAGACACGGUCUUUCCAAGGUUUCGCGGAGGUGCUGAGGUUUUUGCAUACUGUAAAUUGUUAACACCAACAACGUCUUCUCCAUCCACGCCUACGGAUUCAACUACGGCAACAUCAUCAUCGUCAUCGAGCUCGGAUACUACAGCAUCAUCAUCAUCGAGUUCAGCGACUACGGCAUCAUCAUCGUCAAGUUCGGCUACUACAGCAUCAUCGUCAUCGAGUUCAGCUACUACGGCAUCAUCAUCAUCAUCAAGUUCGGCUACUACAGCAUCUUCUUCAUCGAGCUCGGAUACUACGGCAUCAUCAUCGUCAAGUUCGGCUACUACAGCGUCAUCGUCUUCGAGUUCAGCUUCUACAGCAUCAUCAUCGUCAAGUUCUGCUACUACAGCAUCAUCAUCAUCAAGUGAAGCUACUACGUCAUCUUCUUCAUCGAGCUCGGCUACGGCAUCAUCAUCGUCAAGUUCGGCUACUACAGCAUCAUCGUCAUCGAGUUCAGCUACUACGGCAUCAUCAUCAUCAUCAAGUUCGGCUACUACAGCAUCUUCUUCAUCGAGCUCGGAUACUACGGCAUCAUCAUCGUCAAGUUCGGCUACUACAGCGUCAUCGUCUUCGAGUUCAGCUUCUACAGCAUCAUCAUCGUCAAGUUCUGCUACUACAGCAUCAUCAUCAUCAAGUGAAGCUACUACGGCAUCUUCUUCAUCGAGCUCGGCAACGGCAUCAUCAUCGUCAAGUUCGGCUACUACAGCGUCAUCGUCAUCUAGUUCGGCUACUACGGCAUCAUCAUCAUCAACUUCUACAGCAUCAUCAUCGUCAAGUUCUGCUACUACAGCAUCAUCAUCAUCAAGUGAAGCUACUACGGCAUCUUCUUCAUCGAGCUCGGCUACGGCAUCAUCAUCGUCAAGUUCGUUCGGCUACUACAGCAUCAUCGUCAUCGAGCUCAGCUACUACGGCAUCAUCAUCAUCGAGCUCGGCUACUACGGCGUCAUCCUCGUCAAGUUCGGCUACUACAGCAUCAUCGUCAUCGAGCUCAGCUACUACGGCAUCAUCAUCAUCAAGUUCUGCUACUACAGCAUCAUCGUCAUCGAGCUCAGCUACUACGGCAUCAUCGUCAUCGACAUCAUCGUCAUCGAGCUCAGCUACUACGGCAUCAUCAUCAUCGAGCUCGGCUACUACGGCGUCAUCCUCGUCAAGUUCGGCUACUACAGCAUCAUCGUCAUCGAGCUCAGCUACUACGGCAUCAUCAUCAUCGAGCUCGGCUACUACGGCGUCAUCCUCGUCAAGUUCGGCUACUACAGCAUCAUCGUCAUCGAGCUCAGCUACUACGGCAUCAUCAUCAUCAAUUCGGCUACUACAGCGUCAUCGUCUUCGAGUUCAGCUUCUACAGCAUCAUCAUCGUCAAGUUCUGCUACUACAGCAUCAUCAUCAUCAAGUGAAGCUACUACGGCAUCUUCUUCAUCGAGCUCGGCUACGGCAUCAUCAUCGUCAAGUUCGGCUACUACAGCAUCAUCGUCAUCUAGUUCGGCUACUACGGCAUCAUCCUCAUCAAGUUCGGCUACUACAGCAUCAUCGUCAUCGAGCUCAGCUACUACGGCAUCAUCAUCAUCGAGCUCGGCUACUACGGCGUCAUCCUCGUCAAGUUCGGCUACUACAGCAUCAUCGUCAUCGAGCUCAGCUACUACGGCAUCAUCAUCAUCAAGUUCUGCUACUACAGCAUCAUCGUCAUCGAGCUCAGCUACUACGGCAUCAUCGUCAUCGAGUUCGGCUACUACGGCAUCAUCAUCAUCAAUAUCAUCUAGUGCUGCGACUACGACUUCUACUUCAUCAACGUCAUCAAGUGCUGCGACUACGGCCUCUAAUCCUUCAACGGAAUCGACUACAGCAGCUUCGUCAUCAAGUGCUGCUACUACGGCCUCUUCUUCCUCGACGACAGCGACUACAGCAUCAUCGUCAUCUAGCGCUGCCACUACGGCCUCUUCUUCCUCGACGGAAUCGACUACAGCAUCAUCGUCAUCUAGUGCUGCCACUACGGCUUCAACUUCCUCGACUGAAUCGACUACAGUAUCAUCGUCAUCAAGUGCUGCGACUACAGCCUCUUCUUCCUCGACGGAAUCGACUACAGCAUCAUCGUCAUCAAGUGCUGCGACUACGGCCUCCUCUUCCUCGACGGCUUCGACAGCAUCAUCGUCAUCAAGUGCUGCGACUACGGCCUCUUCUUCCUCGACGGCUGCGACUACAGCAUCAUCGUCAUCUAGCGCUGCCACUACGGCCUCUUCUUCCUCGACGGAAUCGACUACAGCAUCAUCGUCAUCUAGUGCUGCCACUACGGCUUCAACUUCCUCGACUGAAUCGACUACAGCAUCAUCGUCAUCAAGUGCUGCUACUACAGCCUCUUCUUCCUCGACGGAAUCGACUACAGCAUCAUCGUCAUCAAGUGCUGCGACUACAGCCUCUUCUUCCUCGACGGAAUCGACUACAGUAUCAUCGUCAUCAAGUGCUGCGACUACAGCUUCAUCUUCCUCGACGGAAUCGACUGCGACUACAGCCUCUUCUUCCUCGACGGCUGCGACUACAGCAUCAUCGUCAUCUAGUGCUGCCACUACGGCUUCAACUUCCUCGACUGAAUCGACUACAGCAUCAUCGUCAUCAAGUGCUGCUACUACAGCCUCUUCUUCCUCGACGGAAUCGACUACAGCAUCAUCGUCAUCAAGUGCUGCUACUACAGCCUCUUCUUCAAGUGCAGCGACUACGGCCUCUUCUUCCUCGACGGAAUCGACUACAGCAUCAUCGUCAUCUAGUGCUGCCACUACGGCCUCUUCUUCCUCGACGGAAUCGACUACAGCAUCAUCGUCAUCAAGUGCUGCGACUACAGCCUCUUCUUCCUCGACAGAAUCGACUACAGCAUCAUCGUCAUCAAGUGCUGCGACUACAGCCUCUUCUUCCUCGACGGAAUCGACUACAGUAUCAUCGUCAUCAAGUGCUGCGACUACAGCUUCAUCUUCCUCGACGGAAUCGACUGCGACUACAGCCUCUUCUUCCUCGACGGCUGCGACUACAGCAUCAUCGUCAUCUAGUGCUGCCAAUACGGCUUCAACUUCCUCGACUGAAUCGACUACAGCAUCAUCGUCAUCAAGUGCUGCUACUACAGCCUCUUCUUCCUCGACGGAAUCGACUACAGCAUCAUCGUCAUCAAGUGCAGCGACUUCGGCCUCUUCUUCCUCGACGGAAUCCACAACAGCAUCAUCAAGUACUGAGACUACGGCCUCUAAUCCAUCGACGGAAUCCACUACAGCAUCAUCGUCAUCAAGUGCAACGACUUCGGCCUCUUCUUCCUCGACGGAAUCCACAACAGCAUCAUCAAGUACUGAGACUACGGCCUCUAAUCCAUCGACGGAAUCCACUACACCAUCAUCGUCAUCAAGUGCUGCGACUACGGCCUCUUCUUCCUCGACGGAAUCGACUACAGCAUCAUCGUUAUCAAGUGCAGCGACUACAGCCUCUUCUUUCUCGACGGCUUCGACUACAGCAUCAUCGUCAUCAAGUGCUGCGACUACGGCCUCUUCUUCCUCGACGGAAUCCACAACAGCAUCAUCAUCAUCAAGUGCUCCCACUACGGCCUCUACUUCAUCAUCGUCAUCAAGUGCUGCGACUACGGCCUCUUCUUCCUCGACGGAAUCGACUACAGCAUCAUCGUCAUCAACAUCAUCGUCAUCAAGUGCUGCUACUACAACCUCUUCUUCAAGUGCUGCGACUACGGCCUCUUCUUCCUCGACGGAAUCGACUACAGCAUCAUCGUCAUCAAGUGCUGCUACUACGGCCUCUUCUUCCUCGACGACAGCGACUACAGCAUCAUCGUCAUCAAGUGCAGCGACUACAGCCUCUUCUUCUUCGACGGAAUCGACUACAGCAUCAUCGUCAUCAAGUGCAGCGACUACGGCCUCUUCUUCCUCGACGGAAUCGACUACAGCAUCAUCGUCAUCAAGUGCUGCUACUACGGCCUCUUCUUCCUCGACGGAAUCGACUACAGCAUCAUCGUCAUCAAGUGCUGCUACUACGGUCUCUUCUUCCUCGACGGAAUCGACUACAGCAUCAUCGUCAUCAAGUGCAGCGACUACAGCCUCUUCUUCUUCGACGGAAUCGACUACAGCAUCAUCGUCAUCAAGUGCUGCUACUACAACCUCUUCUUCAAGUGCUGCGACUACGGCCUCUUCUUCUUCGACGGAAUCGACUACAGCAUCAUCGUCAUCAAGUGCUGCUACUACGGCCUCUUCUUCCUCGACGGAAUCGACUACAGCAUCAUCGUCAUCAAGUGCAGCGACUACAGCCUCUUCUUCUUCGACGGAAUCGACUACAGCAUCAUCGUCAUCAACAUCAUCGUCAUCAAGUGCUGCUACUACGGCCUCUUCUUCCUCGACGGAAUCGACUACAGCAUCAUCAUUAUCAAGUGCAGCGACUACAGCCUCUUCUUCCUCGACGGCUUCGACUACAGCAUCAUCGUCAUCAAGUGCUGCGACUACGGCCUCUUCUUCCUCGACGGAAUCGACUACAGCAUCAUCGUCAUCAAGUGCAGCGACUACGGCCUCUUCUUCCUCGACGGAAUCGACUACAGCAUCAUCGUCAUCAAGUGCUGCUACUACAGCCUCUUCUUCAAGUGCAGCGACUACGGCCUCUACUUCCUCGACGGAAUCGACUACAGCAUCAUCGUCAUCAAGUGCUGCGACUACAUCUUCUUCUUCCUCGACGGAAUCGACUACAGCAUCAUCGUCAUCAAGUGCAGCGACUAUAGCUUCUUCUUCCUCGACGGCUUCGACUACAGCAUCAUCGUCAUCAAGUGCUGCUACUACGGCCUCUUCUUCCUCGACGGAAUCGACUACAGCAUCAUCGUCAUCAAGUGCUGCUACUACGGCCUCUUCUUCCUCGACGGAAUCGACUACAGCACCAUCGUCAUCAAGUGCUGCGACUACAGCCUCUUCUUCCUCGACGGAAUCGACUACAGCAUCAUCGUCAUCAAGUGCAGCGACUACGGCCUCUUCUUCCUCGACGGAAUCGACUACAGCAUCAUCGUCAUCAACAUCAUCGUCAUCAAGUGCUGCGACUACGGCUUCUUCUUCCUCGACGGCUUCGACUACAGCAUCAUCGUCAUCAAGUGCUGCUACUACGGCCUCUUCUUCCUCGACGGAAUCGACUACAGCAUCAUCCAUCAUCGUCAUCAAGUGCUGCUACUACAGCCUCUUCUUCAAGUGCUGCGACUACGGCCUCUUCUUCCUCGACGGAAUCCACAACAGCAUCAUCAACAUCAUCGUCAUCAAGUGCAGCGACUUCGGCCUCUUCUCCCUCGACGGAAUCGACUACAGCAUCAUCGUCAUCAAGUGCAGCGACUACAGCCUCUUCUUCCUCGACGGCUUCGACUACAGCAUCAUCGUCAUCAAGUGCAGCGACUACAGCUUCUUCUUCCUCGACGGCUUCGACUACAGCAUCAUCGUCAUCAAGUGCUGCUACUACGGCCUCUUCUUCUUCGACGGAAUCGACUACAGCAUCAUCGUCAUCAAGUGCUGCGACUACGGCCUCUUCCUCCUCGACGGAAUCCACAACAGCAUCAUCAUCAUCAAGUGCUCCCACUACGGCCUCAACUUCAUCAUCGUCAUCAAGUGCUGCGACUACGGCCUCUACUCCUUCAACGACUUUGUCAUCUUCUUCUUCCAUUGCAACAACAGCAAUUACGUUAUUGACGACACCUCAUUUUCCAUUGACUUCACCUGGUUCUACUCCGUCUACCCCAGGACGCACUACCACCGCCUCUACAACAUCUGCAAGUUCUGUUACUGUCACAGUUACAAAUCCAGUAACAACUACCUCGCGUCGUCCAGCAGCAGGUUUUGUAUCAUCUAA